AUGGCGCCAGAAUUGCCAAGGUAUGUGGUGUUACAAUCAAGGUACAACGCCAAAUACUUGAGCUACAUCAAGGAAGAUGUGCAGAUCCAUGGCUUUUUCAAAUUCUCCGGACAAGAGGUUGUGAGUCCGUACGCAAAUCUCCAAGUGGAGAUGGCAAAGAGUAGUGGAGCUAGCAAGGGACUGGUGCACAUAAGGUGCUGCUACAACAAUAAAUACUGGGUCUGGUGGUCGCAAACCCAUCAUUGGAUUGUUGCCGGCGCUGACGAACCCCAGGAGGAUGAAUCCAAAUGGUCAUGCACCUUGUUCAAACCAGUCUAUGUGGACGAACACGAUCCUGCUCAAGGCGUCCAUUCACGUCACGUCCAGCUCCGAAACUAUGCAUGCUUAUGGCGCACUGGCCCGCCCUAUGGGUCCUGCUUAUUUGCAGGAAGUGAAACACCUGACAACGACUUGUGCGAUGUGUGCUUGAUCGUUGAUUGGGAGUCGCUGUUGGUUUUGCCCAAACAUAUAGCCUUCAAGGGCGACAACGGGAAGUACCUCAGCGCGCAGUGGAUUGAGGGGUACCCUUACUUAAAGUUCUCGUCCGAUGACAUUGGAGAUCCCACGGUGGGGAAUGAGGUCUUCCAAACCGGGGACGGAAGCGUUCGCAUUAAAUCCGAUCGCCAUGGAAAAUUCUGGAGGCGAAGCCCUAACUGGAUAUGGGCAGACUCAGAGCUUCAUAACAAUGAGAACAACAUGGACAUGCUCACCACCGAGGGGAAAUCUGAUUGUCUCAACGCUGCUGUCCUCACCAUUACCCAAAAGGCACGCUUGGAACUGGAAGAGGUGGUUGUGUCGAGAAGCAUCUACAAUGUCAACUACCGCGUCUUGGAUGCGAGGGUCUAUAACCAAACGGUCGUCACCAUGGCCACCGGAGAGGCCCUCAACCGAACAGAAGAACAAAACACCGUAGAAAUGAAGCUUUCGUAUAAGAACACAAGGAGUAGUGUUUGGAACACAAACGUGUCACUCAAGUUAGGCAUCAAGACCACCUUCGAAGCCGGAGUUCCUCUAAUUGGAAAUGGAAAAAUCGAAGUGUCGGCUGAGUUUGGGGCAGUAUUCCAGUAG